AUGGCAUCUCCUAGAGAUAUCCCAAAUCCCGUCGAGACCACUACGGAAGGGAUCGGGGGCCACAAAAAUGCCGAAGUCGCGACCAAAGUCAUUGAGAUCUUGAAUGGCGCCGGUUAUUCGGAGCACAUCGCUCUCGUUCUCAAUGAAGGCGUCACCGACUACUGGCUCCCCAUUCCCAAACACACCAUAAUGCCCGCAAAGCUUCUUGAUUAUAUCACGUUCGAAGCCUUCAAGAAUGCCCAGUCGCCAGUCCUUGAAAAAUCGUACGAGCUCGAUCGAACUCACAUCCCCCUUGACACCCAAGCCACUUAUGAGUGGAAUGGAGUGAGAUACCCCAAGAGCCUCAUAUACAAGAGAUACCUUGGUGAGGGCGGGGCAGGUAUCGUAGUAGAGAUGCAGGUAGCUGGCGGAACGACUUAUGCGGUGAAGCGAAUACCUCGAAAAACCAAAUACCACGAGGCCAAGAGUCAGCUGAGAUCCAUCAAGCAGGAAAUUGAGAAUCUCAAGAAGAUCAACCACACGCACUGCAUCGAAUUCAUGGGCAGCUAUUCCGAUGUCAAGGAAAUUGGGGUCGUCAUGGACCCGGUCGCGGACUGUAACCUGGAUAGGUUCUUAAGCGAGUUUGACCACACUGGACCUGAUAAUCGCAUAGUGCUGGCAAGCUUUUUCGGUUGUCUUGCGGAUGCCCUUGUGUAUCUUCACUGGGAGGUCAAUAUUCGACAUAAAGAUAUCAAGCCAAAGAACAUCCUCGUAAAGAAGAACAGGAUCAUAUUGACCGACUUUGGCAUCUCGCUGGACUGGAGUGAGCAGGGCCACUCAACCACCAAUCAGGAGGUGUUGCGAAGCCCCAUGUACUGCGCCCCAGAGGCAGAUGCAGGCCAAUCCCGAAAUCGAAAGUCGGAUAUUUGGUCUCUAGGUUGCGUUUUUCUUGAAAUGAGCGCUGUGCUACGUGGGUUUUCUCCUAAUUUCGUGAAGACGAAACUGGGAAAUUCAUACUUUCGACAUAACUUGGAUGGGAUCCGCGAUGCCAUCUCGGCCGUGAGACAGCAAGGCCCAUUGGACAACUAUAACCCCCUGGAGCUGGAGUGGAUUGAGCAGAUGCUACAAUUCGAGAACAAAAAACGCUUGACUUCCAAGGAGCUCCAACUCGCGAUAUCACGAAGUGUGAGCGACCCUCCGUUCUGCGGGACAUGCUGCAAUACGGAGCCAGCUGAGUUGUACGACAACAAAACGACGAAAUGGCAUGGUGUCACGGUGAGACGGGACAACAACGUUUCUGGUGCGUGGAUCUCCAAACGGUUGGUUGACCUGUACCAUUUGGAGGUGACGAGCCAACAAGCGACACUAAUAAUAAACGUGGGAGGGCGGCAGUUGGUGUCGGACACAAAAGCUGACGUAAGGUUCAUUCUGGACACAGCAAACCACGUUGAGAAUGCAGAAUGCUAUGUCAUACCAGCCUCAUUUGACCUACUAAUCGGCACACCAACCACAGUGGCAAAUAAUAAGUGGAUGGGAACCCCGUGA